GUGUGGCUACUGCAGCAUAAACAGUGGGGAUUCGGGCUCUGCGCCGGGGCGCAACCUUUGCCUCUUUUAAAGGGUGGAUUCCCAGUGUCCAGAAUGACAGAGCGGCCAGGAACACAGCAGUGAAAAGAUUUUUUUUUCCUGGUCAAGUGGAAAACUCAAGUUACAGAGUCCAAGGAUGAAUAUUCAUCGGGCCAGUGAAGGCGACAGGUCAAUACGCCAGGAAUCUAGCUACUUAGUGGAAAAUAUCCCAGGUUCAUCCCAAGAAAAAGAAGAAAAUUGCCUGACAUCAUCAUGCUUGCAAAACCCUAACCUUCCCCCAUGUUCCAGGAAUGAUGAUCUGUUACUUGAUUAUGCCUCUCAGCCAGCCAAUCAUCAGUUCUCCAGCAUGCCACCCCUUCCUGAAGACAUCAAAGGCACUUGCUUCCAGACCGGAAAUAAGAGGAGCCAUGAGCCCUUUACUGCCUCAGAACGAUUUGGAAAUAGCAGUUUGGGCUUCAGCUGUAACUCACACCCCCAUGCUCCAGAGAAGGUGACUCUCCUCGUAGAUGGCACCCGUUUUGUGGUCAACCCACAGAUAUUCACUGCUCAUCCGGACACCAUGUUGGGAAGGAUGUUUGGUCCAGGAAGGGAGUAUAAUUUUACCCGGCCCAAUGAGAAAGGAGAGUUUGAGAUCGCUGAAGGGAUCAGCGCCACUGUGUUUCGAACAGUGCUGGAUUAUUACAAAACUGGAAUCAUUAACUGUCCAGAUGGAAUUUCCAUCCCUGACCUUAGAGACACCUGUGAUUAUCUCUGUAUUAACUUUGACUUCAACACCAUCAAGUGUCAAGAUUUGAGUGCUUUGCUUCAUGAGCUCUCCAAUGACGGUGCUCACAAGCAGUUUGAUCACUACCUCGAGGAGCUGAUCUUGCCCAUCAUGGUGGGCAGUGCCAAGAAAGGGGAACGGGAGUGUCACAUCGUUGUGCUGACUGACGAGGACUCCGUAGACUGGGAUGAGGACCAUCCUCCACCCAUGGGGGAGGAAUACUCUCAAAUUCUUUAUAGCUCCAAGCUCUACAGAUUCUUCAAAUAUAUCGAGAAUCGGGAUGUUGCAAAAACUGUUUUGAAGGAACGGGGACUAAAAAAUAUCCGAAUUGGUAUCGAGGGCUAUCCCACUUGUAAGGAAAAACUUAAGAGGAGACCAGGUGGCCGGUCAGAAGUCAUAUACAACUAUGUGCAAGCCCCAAUUAUCCAGAUUUCUUGGGAAAAGGAGGAAGGAAAGAGCCGCAUGUUGAUUAUUCAGUGUGUCCGAAGCAAACCCCUCACAAACCUAGUGGCAGCUGAGGAAGAUGUCAUCUGAAGACCAGUGAGAACCUAAUGCCACACCCCCAAAGUGGAUGAACUUGAUCGGCUAAAUGCUCCACUCUCACAGAUGGCGCCUAAUGACUUCCCAGAUUAGGGCCAGCCGUUCAUCCAACCACAUCUCUAAGGUCCUUUUCUUCCUGGGAUGCACUCAAGCUUUGUCUCACCCUGAACAUGAGACAUACUUUCUCCCUAAUCCUUUCCCACGUCACCAAUAAUAUUAUGGUGUAUUCUUUGAAGCAAGCUGAUACCCCUGAGAGGAAAUGAAUAACGAGUACUGGCCAUUGAAUCACCAGACAUUCUUUAGUGACCCUGUGCACAUGGGAAGCUCCUCAGGAUUGGUGCUGUCCUGGAAUAACUUGAGAAAGCCAAAAAGGAAGUUUAAAAAAAAAAUCCCAUUUCUUCAUAUAGCAAAAUACUUCCUGCCAUUCUUCCCAUUCUUUUUAUCCCUUUUUCCUUGCCAGGUACACACCCCAUUGGGGUUUUUUGUGUUUUGUUUUGUUUUGUUUUGUUUGCCAGCUUCCUUAGUUGCAAGGGGACCAGACCACCAUCCCAUUCUGCUACAUAGGUUUCCAUGGAAGACUGUUAGAAGAUUGCUAAAGAAUGUACCCAGAAUUCUAAGCUCAUCCAGGAGGAAUGAGGCCUUGUUUACAACACAGUCGAGUUUUUCAGAAGAGAAUCCUUCAGGAGCUUAAAUUGCCUUUUUUUAAAAAAAAUUAAACAAUAUAUAGCUCUAGUUUAUCAUUUGGUAGAGAGGGUAAAUGGUGUAACAAUAGGAUUUAUGCUCUUUUAACUUUGAAAUAUGAGGGCCUGAAUUGAUUGUGCAUUUGGAAUGAAACCAUCUUGAUAGUUCACUCAUUCCUCAGCCUGGCUGGAAAUUCAGGAAUCUCAAGUAAAGCCAUUGUCUUUGCCCCCCAGUUCUGGGCUAUGGUGGAGAUGUGGCUGGAAUGAAUAGGGCCUUGGCUAGAGGCUCUCAGAACAUGGUCAGGAAUCUCUUCUAAGGCUUUGGUUAUUCAAAUGAAAGAAUUUUAAGAUGCCUUUGAAGUUCAGUGCCAGGGAUAGAGAAGGUGAGGAUCUCAGGAAUCAGCUAUAGCCCUGUCCUGGUGCUAGGCAAGGAAAAACAGUCAGGAACUUGGCCUCUGGCUUGAAUUCUGCAACUCCAUUCAUGAGUUUCAGAUGGCUCUCACUCCUGUCCAUUCCAGCCCUCCCUCCUUAGAGAUGUGACUGAAAUGGUCUUUUUAUUAUCCAUAUUCUAUGCCAUGGAACUUGGUGUGGGUGGGGGAGAAAUAGCGCAUUCAACCUUAGAAAUAGCCUCUCACCUGUUCACUCAGGGCAAUAGAAGAUGCCAGGUGAGAAAAAAAGUAUUAAUGUUUCUUAUGGGUUGUUUUUAUUUUUCCCAUACAAAUGUUACCCUCAUUGCCUCAGAAUGGAGAAAAUUAGGUUGAUUUUUUUUUGUAUGUCAACUAUAUUAACCUCAUGCUAACCCCAGAGCCUACACUGUUCCCCUAACUGCCAUGCUUCUAGAUCAGAUUCCUCAUGUGCAACUUGGCCUGUGGUUGUGACCCAGGUGGUAGCCAAAGUAGGACACAAUGCUGAGUACAGCUAGGUCCAGAUUCAUGCAAAUAAUGAAUCUCCUGAAGGGAUUGCAUCAUUCAAAUUCACAUUCCACAUUUCCAUUGGGCUGGAACCAGUGACCCUAUUUUAUCUAAUUAUAAUUUCUAGUGGUGUGUAUUUGAAUAGAUGUAGCCAUUGCAGGGGAGUCUUUAUUCACAUUAAUCGAGACCCAAUGGUAUACGUCUCUUUGAAUGACUUUGAAACCGGGAACCAAACUGGAUUCCAGAGCGAAAUGUAAAUGGUUAGGAGCUAUCUUCUGUUGUGUGUUAUCUGUCCUGCUCUUCUGGCGUUUACUACCUAGAUUGCAUUGGUGUGAUAUAGUCACAAGUUGACUAUAGUUUUAGCCCUCCACAGUUGCUUUCUAAACUACAUGUUACUUUGACAUUCAUAUUCCUUUAGGACACUACAGGAUAAGGUACUCUCCUAAUUUGCAAUGGUGGCUCAAUUACUUUGUAAUCCAAGUCAAGAAAAUAGCAGAAGACACACUUUGUAACAGCUGUUGUCUCAGAGAGAGUAACUCUUCCGGACCCAGUGAGUUCUUAAGUUAAAAAUAUGCUUACUACUUUUUGUGACACAUUGUUGGUGGUGUCAAAAUGCAAAACACAAUGAAUUACUUUUCCAAUGGGGGUGAUUAAUUCUGAGCCAUCCAUGCCCCCUUCUCCAUCUUUUUGUUUUAAACCAAUGGCAUACCUUAAUGAGUCAGCUGGCCAUCAUUAGGGGUACAGCCCAUGUGAGGAACUAUGUUUCCUCUGUAUGGAACUAAUUGGCACAUGCUGGAAUUAAAAUAUACAACCUUGACCUCAUUAGCACUAAAUUCACAUCAAGACAUCUUCUAAAAUGGUGCUUCCUUUGUGUUUCUGGAUGGGCAAACCCUUCAUUGCAAAGUCCAUUCGGAUUCUAGAAUCUUUAUUUGUAUGUUUUAAGACAUUAAUGAAGAUUAAUUUUCUUGUUGAAGUCCAUGUUUAUUCCCCCUCUCUCAGUAUUUAGCUUAUAUGUUAUUACUUAGUAUUAAGUGCAAACACUCCAAAAAGGAACUGCUACUUUGGUGUUUAGAAAAAUGGCUACAACUGUAUUGCACACUCAUGGAAGAUGUCAAUACUAUUAGAAGUAUAGCCUUCCUUGGGUCAUCUUCAUCAUUUCCCCAACUGGUAUUAGGGUGCCCAGCUCAGCUAUCUAGCCCAUGUGAGCUAGAACAAGGUAUACAAGCGAUAAGGGAAAAUGGUAUUGCAAUGGAGCAUCUCCCAGGGCUAGUAUUUCUUGUUAUUGUUUGUUAUUUUAUCAGUGGCAUGGUGGAGGGCACAGUGUGGUUGAUAGCUGGGUGAGGAAGGUGGUAUUCUUUUGCCACGAGAUUGAAUGCUAAUAGCUGUCUCUAAGGUGACUCCACAACCACCAAUCCCUGGCUCAUCAAGUUAAUUAUGAGGUCUUCUGGUAACCAGAGUACCAAUGGCUGAGCAGAAAGUAAUGUCUCUUUAACCCUUUCCAAGCCAUAUAAAGGGACAUGUCAGAGCUGGCAGAUGAGUAGGUGCUGGUUCCAGGGCAUCUCUUUAAGCCCCAGUAUGGCCAAACUCUGGGAUUGGAGUAGACAUAUUUUGUUUUACCUAGUAUAAGUGGGGAGAAUCAGAUUUAAUUUCUUUUUCCAAGUGCCUAAAUAAGUUAGUCAGGUUCUAUUAUACCCCUAAAGACAGGUUGUUUCCAAAGAAGAUGUUUUUAUUUGCACUAAGACUAUCUUCUUCCUUGGUGGUCAAGGUGAGAAGUUUUAAGAAAGUUUGGGGCAGCUAGGUGGCAAAAUGGAUAGAGCACUGACCCCAGGAGUCAGGAGCACCUGAGUUUACAUCCAGCCUCAGACACUUGACACUUACUAGCUGUGUGACCCUGCGCAAGUCACUUAACCCCAAUUGCCUCACAAAAAAAAAAAAGAAAGAAAGAAAAAUGAUACAGAUCCAGGACUGAAAGGAACCUCUGAGGCCAAUUAUUUAUCCAGGCUCUAUGCUAGUGCCCUUGAAUGUUUAAAAAGUACUCAUCCUGCUAGGCUAUGUUUUGACAAGGAGGGUGGUUUCCUUAUAUGUGAUUGGAUUUCUGGUUUUUUUCAGAGGGAGAAGAAAAGAGAUGGGGAGGAAAGAAAGUGACACCAAGAGGAGAAAUUUUUUUAAAGCCCUACAAGAAUAGCUGGGAAUAAUUGAAUUCUACAUUUUAAUGUGCGCAGGAAGAAAUUAUUUUAAGCCCUCACCAAGAUGUAGACUGAUGUGGAUGUAUACAAAUCACAAUGGAAAGUAAACUAAAUGCUAUGUGACCCUGGGCAAGUCACUUAACCCCUCAUUGCCCCCACCAAAAAAAAAAAAAGAAAAGAAAUGAAUGGGCACAGUU